AUGAUUAUUCCUGAGACCUUGCAAAGGAAGCAAGUAGCGCGUGUGUUGAAGGCCAAGCCGAGACCCAGAGCAGGCUCUGCACAGCCAGUCAGACUGACCAGCUGCAUCUUCAAGAGUCUGAUCACUCGAGUCACUGCCCACCCGGGCAAUGUGGUUCAACACUUGCUGACAGAGGGGUACCUGGAGAAGCCCCAGCAGGUCUGUGCACUCAGGCGACUGCAGGGGCUCUGCGCCAGCAGCAACGAGGGAGAGCCUUUACCCACUUUGGAAUUUGCAAACUCCUGGAAGAUGACAGCACCAGCAAUCCCAAGCAGAUCCCCAGGUCCGGUUGGUGCUGGGGGUCUGCAGUCCAGGCCCAAGCCCAGCCUCCAAGGUGGUAGUGGUGAUUCCACCAGCAGAUCUGGGUGUCUCCUGGCCUCUCUCCAGCUGGCAG